AGCGCAUAUGCGCAGUAAUGCUGAUUGUGACAAUCCCAAUGACUUAUUCACCUACCUGAGAGCAGCUUUCAGGGACAAGCGCAGUGUUCAUCAACUGCUGCAUAGUUUCUAUAGUCGGAGGCAGCAGGAGGGGGAGGGCAUUCGAGAAUUUUCCCACGCCCUAUCGCAAGCUCUUAAUUCUGUAUUGAGGUGUUCUCCGGAAGCAGUCACUAAUGAGAGAAAGACACUAAGGGAUCAGUUCAUAGAAGGGGUUAGAGACCCUGCUCUUAGAAGGGAGCUUCGUAAAUAUGUGCGAGGCAACCCAGAGUCAUCCAUGAUUGAGGUGCGGGAGGAGGCUCAGCUGUGGUGUCUGGAAGAGUUUCCCAGAAACCCGAAGACCACCAAAUUUAGGGGCAGCAGUGAUCAUGUACACUGUUCCGCCUUACAAGCGCAGGAAGCAAAUUCUGCCACCUUGGAGGAUGUCCUUAAGGUAAUAGCUGACCAGGGGAAGGCCAUUAGUGAGUUGACCAGGGCGGUGAAAGAUCUUGCCGUACAGAAGGGUGGAUUUAGUAGUGAUGCCAGGCCUAAACGACAGCCCAGGUAUACCGAAGAUGGGCGGCCCAUCUGUUUUAAGUGUCGAGGUGCGGGGCAUGUGGCAAAGGAUUGCUUGCAAAGGCAAAAUGCUGGAGGUGUAGUUUCUUCCCCCGCAGCUCAGGGAAACGCCCCUCCCCAGUUGUUGUGAGUCGAGCAAUUCGGGGAAGUACCCUAGACUCAAAUCUUACACCGUCAUCCCAGAGUCAGUUGCUGCAGCGAGCUGUAGGGACAUGUCCAGUUGUUGAGCUUAAAAUUGGGGACAUUAAGACACCCUGCCUAUUAGAUACUGGUAGCCAGGUGAGCACCAUUACUGAGAAAUUCUUUCGAAAAUACUUGCAUGGAGAGGAUGAGGAUAUGCUUCCCACCUCUGGCUGGCUUAGAUUAACAGCCGCCAAUGGACUAGACAUACCUUAUCUGGGUUAUCUGGAGUUAGAGGUAAUAGCAAUGGGCUUAAAGCUGCCCAGUUGUGGCUUUCUGGUGGUCAGGGAUCCAGUUAGUACUGAACAGUCUUUACCCUGCAUUGUGGGAAUGAACAUUAUCAGUCGGUGUAGGGAGCUGGUUUAUGCAGAAUUUGAUACUACGCUGGGUGGAAAAUUGGAUUCUGAUUGGAGAGACGUUUUUCAGAGACUGCAGAAGUGUAGUGUUGACCGUAAGUCAGUGGUCCGUGUAGCUGGGAAGUUCCCAGAACACAUACCUGCUGCAUCCGUAGCCACGAUCCAGGUCGCUAAGGGUGCACAUGACGGUCUGAUGUUGUUUGAGCCACUUAGCACGCCAUUACCGAGGGGUCUGAUAGUAAUUCCCACACUGGUAGAUCCGUCCAGUCCCGUGAUGCAGUUACCAGUUCUGAAUCUCUCACAAGAAGAUGUAUGGCUCCCGCCUAGGGCCCGGUUGGGUGUCCUGUCGAAAGUGGCGUGUAUAGAGAAUGAAUCACAAUGUGCAGUGAAAUUUCAGCGGAUCGCGGCUAGCGUUGAGCAAGUUACAGUUGUUGUUCCUGGUUGUAACGGUGAUUUAUCUGUUCUAGAGACACUUGACCUUGGUGGUAAUGAGGAACAAAAGGUUCAGUUGAAGGCACUGCUGGCCAGGUAUAUUGACAUAUUUGCAGUAGAGGACGAGGACCUGGGGUAUACGGACAGGGUAAGGCAUGAAAUUCACCUAACAGAUGAUGAUCCUGUUACCCAGCCUUAUCGGCGAAUACCGCCCACCCAGUAUGGUGAAGUUAAGGAGCACAUUUCUAAACUCUUAAGCAAAGGUGUUAUUCAGGAAAGCAGUAGCGCCUAUGCAUCACCUAUAGUGUUGGUAAGGAAGGCAGAUGGCAGCCUACGGCUGUGUGUGGAUUAUAGGCGGUUAAAUCAGAAGACCAAAAAGGAUGCCUUCCCCUUGCCGCGAAUUGAUGAAAGUUUUGAUGCCCUUCGGGGGGCCCAGUACUUCUCUACCAUUGAUCUGGCGAGUGGUUAUCAUCAGGUGGCGGUAGAGGAGCACGAUAGGCAUAAGACUGCUUUCUCUACUCCUUUUGGAUUAUAUGAGUAUCUCAGAUUACCAUUUGGUGUUUGCAAUGGACCUGCAACGUUUCAAAGGCUCAUGCAGGCCACUAUGAACGAUCUUGUCUUCCAAAUCAUGCUAGUAUACCUUGACGAUAUAUUAGUGUAUUCUCAGACAUUCCCGGAACACUUAGAGAGGCUUGACAGGGUGCUUAGGCGUCUCAAAGAGACAGGCCUUAAAGUGAAAUUACAGAAGUGCCAUUUCCUCCAGACCGAGGUAGUCCUGAGGGACAUAGUCUAUUGUCCAAAGAUUGAAGUGGAUGCCCUGGUGUACUUGCGUGAUCGGCCACUAGGUCGCAACAAGAUACAGGAUGCAUGGAAGCCCACGGUUCACAGGGUUGUGGAAGUUUUGGGUAACACCUACACUGUAGAGCCAGUGGAGGGAGGUCCUUGCAAGAGGGGACCGAGUCAGAUGUUGGAGAUGCAGAGGAAGAUGUCUUCCUGGUGA